AUGGUGGAGGGAGAGGACGGGAGCGUUGUGCAUGUCUAUGGCUCCGAUGGCUGCCCCACCGGGUGGUGCAUUCACGUCUCCCUCUUCUACAAGGCUGCGAUGCCCUUCCACUUCAUGCCCCUUGACCCGGCACUGUUUAGUCACCCCGUGCUCCGCCUCUCUGUUGUCAGCGUGGAGGAAAUUUUGAAGCGCAUGAUUUUGUUCUGCAAGGUUGCUGUUGAGGGUCGUGGUCCUGUAGAUGAAUUCCCGCACAUGGACUUCUAA